UAUGUGGAAAGUUGGAGAACCGUGCAUUUUUUGCGUAUGGCAUGAAGACGCGUCUUUUCAAAUAGCUCCUUUCACCCAUGAGGACUAGAAGUUUUUAAAAAAACCAACAGCCGACUGAAGCGAAGAUGAUCAGAAUACAAGACUGUACACCAGUUAUCACAUGUUUGAAAAAUCUGGGUGCUUAAAAUAAGGUCUGGCCCUGGAGAUGUUCCCAGUCUCCAUAAGAAGGUAGUUCUAUUCCCAUUUACAUUGGAGCGAGGGAUGUUUUGGAAAAGACUGAAUGGAUCUUGUGUUUGCAGGGCUGGUAGUUAAAGAUGAGAUACUGGUAGCUAGGAGUUGCUACUUGGCUUCCUAUUAGAGCAUUAGAAAUUAGUGCCCUUGACUGUAAGAAAGGCAGUGUUAGUACUGUAGUUACUUCAUUUAUUCUCUGCUUUUCUGCUUACAAGUCACUCAAGGGAACAGCAUAGUGUUUAAGUUACACUGGGAUAAAAAGGCCCAGGUUUAAGUUGCUCCUGAACUGUAGACCUCAUCAAGUGACUUUGGGCCAGUUGGUGUCUUUCAGACAGCCUACCUGACAGGAUUGUUGUGAAGACAGUCCCUACCUGCGUCACCUUGAGCUUCUGAAGUAAAGGUAGCACACAAAUGCCGUCAGUCAAUAAUCUAGAUAGUCCAAGGCUGAGUGGCGUUUUUGCAUCGAUAAAAGAUAGAGCUCUGCAGCCGUAGUUCUGAGUCAGCUAAACAGGUGCGCAGGUGUGUAAGCAAGGCAAGGUCUCUGGAUUACAACUUUUUGAAAUCUGGACUCGUCUCCGAGGCCUGUUCUCUGCUUAAUGCCGUUUGUUCAAUUUCCUCUUCAUGGUGCCUGGUUUUUUUUCCCUUUUUGCUUUUACUUUCAAAAUCUAUUGUGGCUUUUAAUUCCUUGCACACUGUGGGAUGCUUCCUGGAGGAGUUAAAAUAGCACUUUUAAUUCCGUGCAGCUAGUACACCAGCACCACACAUCCUCCUCUGCCUUUGUGCGUGUGUUCCUUGCAAGUUGUGGAAUGAAUCGGUUGGUUGUUGUGGAAAAGAAGGUGGUGGAACGAGGAAGAUAAAACUUUUGUUUAGGCCCAAGCUGAUUAUCUGCAAGAACAGAGCAGAGGCUAACCUGAAGUUCGAAUGAAAAGCUGGUGCUUUAAUAAAUGGCAUUUAUUAAUUCUUCAGCAGUGGGACAUUUUCAUUCUUGCAAGCUCAUAAACAAACGGAUCCUUUUAUGCCAUAUCUGUGCAUCGCUUUCCAAGCGUCACCCGAAAGUCUAGAAACAUUUAAAGUCAAGGUUGCCUUAAUUUCAAUACAGGCAAACUUUUGAAAAACCCUCUCGAGGAAUUAGAUGUUUUUCAACUCCAUGGUCCGCCCUGCCCUGGAAGGCUCUUUGCAAAGCCCUGAAUGCGUUUGGAGCCUGUUGACUUGAAAUCCCCUUGCAGCGAGAGUUCUGGAUUGUGUGGGUCUAAGGAGACGCUGUCACGUGCAGCCUGCUCGGACCCACAUGCUGGCUCUCUCUGCCCCCUCGCUGUGGGACAGCCUUCUCCGCUGGAUAACUGCACGGAGGAAGUACGAUAAGGCCACUGUUUCGGCAUGUAAAAUGCACUGCAGAGCUUAGAUCGUUUUCUUUCCCAGCCUUCUCGUGACCGGGAAAGGGAGACGCCAGGGCUCAGCAGCGGGUGCCACCCUUGGGCUGAAUACCAAGUAGGUUCACCUGGUGUGCUUCCCGCUCAGUCCAGUCUGCACCAACUUACUAGGCCUAAGCCCUUUUGCCUUGAGCUUAGUGUGCAGCUAGGUUCUGCUGCAUUGAAAUCAAGAAGUUGGGGGGAAGGGGACUCAGCGCCUUGUAUUUCCCCGAGCCUCUCCCAGCGGGAUGUUUCCCAUACGGCACCCAAAUCGAGAAACAGAAACAUUUUCUCAGAGCUGGGUGCCUGGCAGUGAAGCUGCACAGUCUUGAACAAUUGAUUCAUUCAAUAACGGCUACAUGGAGGCCAUCCGUGACCUCUUUUCCCUUGGCAAGACACUCCCCUUCUCUUUUUAGAUAGCAAGCAGGAGAUACUACGGGCUUGGGUAAAUAGGGUGAAGUCGCCUCCUUCCUGGAUCAGAGGUACUUGGAGGUGACUCUCCAUGGACCAUCCCCGUUCCAUUCCAGCUCUUAGGUUGGACAGACUGUCUCUUUGUCCCUUUUCUUUUUGACUGGCCUGCAUGCUGUUGACUGGGGCCUCUUUGGGUAAAUGGAUUGCCUUAGCGCCUGCCUCUUUGGGAACAUGUAACGUUCAUCAUGAUAGUUCUUCCAGAAAUGGGUGGCCUUGAUUCCUCUCACCCCCAUCUCCAAAACUUGGAGUCUUGGUGAAGAGCUCACUGGAUGCAUUUUUAACGUCGUGAAGAACUUGCAGUGCCCAUCUUCAGAGGCUCUUAAGGCUGGAUAGAGGGGAGGAAUCUGCUUUUCCUGGUGACUGCUAAAGGGUAGAAGUUGUGGCUCGCUUGGGAAUUUCAGAUGCAUUUUGUUGGAAAUCCCAGAGGUCCCUCAAGGUUAUGCCACCAUGAACAAAGCCCUCAUAUCUAGAAAAGGUUCACGGGAAGGCAGAUUUGUAGCUCUGGAGGAAGCCCGGGCUUGGCCCACACCUUCUCUCGUCGUCCAGCAGAUGUCCAGUUGAUGGCGAUGCGGGAAGAAAAACCUUUGUGCUGUUGGCAGCCAUCUUCCCUUCUUUCCCCCAGAAAUGGCGUGAAUGUGGAAGGAGCCACCCACAAGCAGGUGGUGGACCUGAUCCGGGCCGGCGAGAAGGAGCUGAUCCUGACCGUGUUAUCGGUGCCGCCUCACGAGGCCGACAACCUGGACCCUGGUGACGACUCCCUGGGCCAGUCCUUCUACGACUACACGGAGAAGCAGGCCGUGCCCAUUUCCAUCCCCACCUACAAGCAUGUGGAACAGAAUGGUGAGAAGUUUGUGGUUUAUAACGUUUACAUGGCAGGCCGACAGCUGUGUUCGAAACGGUACCGUGAAUUUGCCAUCUUGCAUCAGAACCUGAAGCGGGAGUUCGCCAAUUUCACCUUCCCCCGCUUGCCGGGCAAAUGGCCGUUCUCGUUGUCGGAGCAGCAGUUGGAUGCCAGGAGACGGGGCCUAGAGGAAUACCUGGAAAAGGUGUGCUCCAUCCGGGUGAUCGGGGAGAGUGAUGUCAUGCAAGAAUUCUUGUCGGAAUCGGAUGAGAAUUUCAACGGGGUGUCGGAUGUAGAACUCCGAGUGGCCCUGCCAGAUAUCACAACCGUGACUGUCCGGGUUAAAAAGAACAGUACCACCGAUCAAGUCUACCAGGCUGUUGCUUCCAAGGUGGGAAUGGAUAGCGCGACUGCAAACUACUUUGCUUUGUUUGAAGUGAUCAAUCAUUCUUUCGUGCGGAAGCUGGCACCAAACGAGUUCCCUCACAAGCUCUACGUGCAGAAUUACACCUCGGCCGUGCCGGGGACCUGCCUGACCAUCAGGAAGUGGCUGUUCACUACAGAAGAAGAGGUUCUCCUGAACGAUAAUGAUUUGGCGGUCACGUAUUUCUUCCACCAGGCGGUCGAUGACGUGAAGAAAGGAUACAUCAAAGCUGAGGAGAAGUCCUACCAGCUGCAGAAGCUUUGCGAGCAGAGGAAGAUGGUUAUGUAUCUGAACAUGUUGCGGACUUGCGAGGGGUACAACGAGAUCAUCUUCCCCCACUGCUCCUGUGACUCGCGCCGCAAAGGCCACGUGAUCACAGCCAUCAGCGUCCAGCACUUUAAGCUUCACGCCUGCACCGAGGAGGGCCAGCUGGAGAAUCAAGUCAUAGCUUUCGAAUGGGACGAGAUGCAGCGAUGGGACACCGACGAAGAGGGGAUGGCGUUCUGCUUCGAAUACGCGCGAGGAGAGAAGAAGCCACGAUGGGUCAAAAUCUUCACCCCUUACUUCAACUACAUGCACGAGUGUUUUGAGCGCAUUUUCUGUGAACUGAAGUGGCGGAAGGAGGUGGAAGAGGAAGCCACCGACAAGGAUAACAAGAAUUGCAGCAAAGACAGCAUGUGCAGCAAGAACAUCUUUCAGAUGAUGCGGACGCAGCACAGAGACAUUGCGACCUGAACCACUUUGGGCAACCGACCGACAAAAACGUAUUAUCCCUUUCCCGACCCUUCCUGAAAAAUUAACACUUUUCAAAAUGGAAAAAGAGAGAGAGAGGGAGAGAGGGAAAUGGUUUAUUGUAUUAAACUCAUAUUAAUUCCAUUUGUGAAUGUCCUGUUAAGCAAGGGGGGAGGGGGGGCAGGGAGACCACCAUGAUCCAGAUCAAGGGAGUGGGGCACCUGGUUUGUGGCCAGCAAACCUGGUUUGUUUGUUUUUUUUAUAGUUUGUCCCCUGCCUUUUUUGGAGUAACCUGUUGUUGAAAGGUAGACGGCGCUGAACAUUUUUUUCUCUCUUUUUUUUUUCCUUUUAACAACUGGAUGGAGACUCGUACAUCCAUUUGCACUGUUUGGAAUAUAUAUGUAUGUAUGUAAAAACAAAUAUAUAUAUAGACAAACUUAUCACGCCCGUAUAUACAUAUAUAUAAUUUUUCAUAUUGGUGGCUGUUAUGUUAGAGGCACUUGUCUUUCUGCGAGGAGGUGAGGAGGGGAAAAUCAGCUUCCCUUCUUGUGUCCCGUCUAGGAAUUCCCUGGAGCUGAAAUGCAAUUUGAGCCCUGUCCAAAAGACAACCCAGAUUUUGCAGUCUGGCGAGGAAUCUGAAUUUGCAGUUUAGGUAGCUCCUCGCCCAGCGUUGAAGUUUGAACUUUGAAGCGUUAGAGCGUUUUGACCAAACCUUUGGAUUAAGCGGGAGCCAUGAUGGCAAAGUGUGCGUUUACGCAACGGGGAUACGACAGAUCCUUUGCUGUGAAGUGCAAAAUUCAGUUUCGGCUUCUGUGCUUGUAACUUCCCCCUCUUCCCCCCCUCCCCACGUGGUAUUAAAACUUCCUUGGUUUCCUAUUUCAGCAUUUCAGCUUUUGUGUGUGGCUGAGAAGUGGGAGAGAUAUUUUUUUUCUCCUUUUCAGUAGUCUGAAGGGUGGAACCUGCAACCAGCUUACGGCGGCGGGUAGGGGUGAGAAUUUGUUCUACGCCCGCAGUUCCCCUUGAGCAAGCAAAUGCUACUUUUCGCUGCCAAAGCCCUUUUGCCAACUUGUUGCUCAGCGGCCGAGGCCAGGUUUGUCCCGGGGCAGCCAGUUGCUAACCACAACAAUGGUCAGGCAGCCAGACUGGGGCUGUUCUUGGCCAGGCUGCAGGAACGGGAAGGCCGGCGUGGCCGUCCCCGGCAUCUGGAGAUGGUGGCUGUGUUUUCAGGGUCGGAGAGAGAAAAUUGGCAGUGGCACGUGCCUGGGAUGGUAGAAAAGGUGUCCGUUGGAUCACAGGGUGGCAAGGGAAUGCUGGCAGCCACAGGCACUCGAUGACAAGAGAUGCUCCUGAAUGCACUAAAAAAUAUGCAAUUGCUCCGUGGCCAAGAGGCCCAUCUGGGAUGUUUGCCAGAGUCUACGUGGCUGUUCAGAUUUAGAAAUCAAGAGGAAAGGCACGAGCUGUAUAAGCCUCAGAUGGGUUUCCUAUUAAAAGGAUGGACAGUUGCCUCCUGAGAAUCCACUGAUCCAACGGAUAAUGGCCAGAAGGGCCAUCCGUGCCGGGGUUUCCUUCUGGAGCGCUGAGACUCCAGCUGCCAGAAUUUGAGAGCCCGCGUGGCCCACCUAGCAGGAUUUGCUGGAAGGAGACCAUAGCUCAAAAGCAGCAUGGGUGUUUUGCAUGCAGGCUCGCCUCCUUAAGGACUAGCACCUUGCUUGAGCCCAAAGGAAACAACAGCAAGAAAAGCUGAGGGCUUUGGCGUCCUGACUUCAAAUUCGGCUGUGAUGGGUUUAGUAGACGGGGGGUAUACGCAUGAAGUAAUAACACUUGGAAAGCACCGAAGCAAAAUAUCUUCCUCUCCUUGAUUUUUAACAAGGGUAACGCUUUGGGGAUGAAGCUUUAGCGGUUGAUUCAGGAUCCUGGCUCCCACGGCCACCCUGCCAGGUUUUAAAGCUCUGGGUGCAAGCGAUAUCCAAGUUUCAGAGGGUAGCGGGAUCGAAGGGGUCUGGAUGUGCUCCUGGACGGGGAGGAAAGGACUGAGAGUCUCAUUCAGGCACCGAAGCUCCUUCCUAAGAGCGUGUCUGCAUCGAAAGCGCUUUCAAGUCUUCUGGCUUCGUUUCCAUCGAGCCUGUGCGGACGCCUGUUCCGAGCCGCAACCCGUUUACCCGUUUCUGAGAAAAACGCAGUGUUGGCGGCUUUUUCUCCCUUUGGGGCGUGCCUGGGUGUUCCCUUCUCCGUUCCUCUCAGAUGCAGCAUGUCAAAAAGGCAUUUUGCCCCCCAAAAAAGAAUCCCCAUUGUUUUUUUUCUUCCAACAGCAAUAACAGUGCGUGGAAUCACACUUUCGGGCUCGAUUGUUUCUGUUACAGAAUUGUGCGUGCUUUAACACCACGGUCUGCUAUCAAAGGAUUAGGCUGAACAACCUCUCCGUCUGACCCCCAAUUUCCUUUUUUUCUUUUUCUUUUUUUAAAUAUCAUCGGUUUGGGUCAAUCUCUAUAUUUUUAAGCCCUGGGUUCCCCAAUGCUCUGCGUGUGUGUCUCUCGCUGUUUAAUUUAUUUGACAGAAUUCUAAUUGUAAUUUUCACUGCAUAUUCUUCUAUUUUUAUUUGAAAUUUUCGGGUGUGAAGAAGGAAACCGUGGCGAAGAAGGAAGAAAAGGCUUGAAGAGAUGCGAUGGGGGGGGGGGGGUUUGGGGCGUUUUUCACCUUCUUUAGAGCUAACCAUCCUAAAAAAAAAAACUUGUUUGGUAAAAGUCAAUUAGUACAACUAAUUGUAACAUAUUCUUUUAAAUAAAUUGAUUUAUUGAUGAAA